AUAGUCCAACCGAACAAUGAAAGGUGAAAGAUCACUGGACGCGAGCUCGAAAAGCUCCGGUCCAAAAUUGCCGAUAUUUGGUUUAUGUUUUAUGAUUUUGUGCAUAGGCGGACUAUCAAUGUACGAGCUAUACGAGAUUAUAGAAUUGAAAGGAGAAGUGCAAAUGCUUAAAUUGGAGUCUAGUCUCAACCUUGUUAUCGAAGAACCAAAGGAUAGAAGUAAACGACAAGCUGGGCCAACAUUAAGUCCUACAGAGAUUGGUCAAAUAUCUGUCAUUGCGAGUCAACUUAUAUCUCAGCAGUGUACAUCAAAUACUACUGUAUGUCAGACAGGACCAAAAGGAGAUAAGGGUGACCUCGGACAAAAAGGAGAUCUCGGAAGUUCUGGUACACCUGGAUUGAAGGGUGAAUUAGGCUCUAAAGGGGACACUGGUCGUCCGGGACUAAAGGGAGAAUUCGGACCGUUAGGUUAUACAGGACCAAAGGGCGAACCCGGACAGAAUGGACUUCAAGGUCUGAAAGGGGACCAAGGUACACAGGGCAUACAAGGGCUUCAAGGAUUGACAGGGUUCAAAGGUGAAGCAGGGACCAAUGGUUCAGUUGGACCUUCCGGGCCUAAAGGAGAAGUAGGAGCAACUGGAAGUCAAGGAUUACCUGGACUAAGAGGAGACCAAGGACCUCAAGGAAAUAUUGGCAGCAAAGGGGAAUCUGGUCCGUUCGGACCUUUUGGACCACAGGGAGAAAAGGGUGUACAAGGCCCAAUAGGUCUGACAGGUAGUAAAGGCGACCAAGGAAUUCAGGGAUUAUCAGGAAAUCAAGGACAAAAGGGGGAAUCUGGAGAAAAAGGAUUACCGGGUCUGACGGGAGGUAAUGGACGGGAUGGACUUCCGGGUAAAAAAGGUGAAACCGGACAAACAGGAAGUGCUGGAACUGCCGGAAGCAAUGGUAGGGACGGGCCUCAGGGACUUAAGGGUGAAUUGGGAGAAAAGGGAACACCAGGUUUGACAGGAAGUAACGGUUUGACUGGACUUCCGGGUCAACGAGGUCAAGCUGGAGAAAAAGGAUCUUCUGGCGCAAUAGGAAGUACCGGAAGAGACGGACUUCCGGGACAAAAGGGUGAAAGGGGCGAACGAGGAAUUCAAGGAAUAAAGGGAAGCGAUGGAGAACCUGGUCCAUUUGGUCCUCAAGGCCCUAAAGGUGGGCAAGGCCCAAUUGGUCAACAGGGGCUACAGGGACUACAGGGAGCUAAAGGUGACGUUGGACAACAAGGUGUUACUGGACUACCAGGUCUCAACGGAAUGCAAGGUCCGAAGGGUGGAACUGGUAUUCAGGGUCCACAGGGACCAAGUGGAGUUCAAGGUCGAGCUGGAGGACCAGGACCAAAGGGAGAGAUUGGAACAAUUGGACUACAGGGUACAGCUGGACCUCAAGGUUUACAAGGUCCACAAGGACCAAAAGGUGUAGUUGGGCCGUCAGGUCAACCGGGCUUAAAGGGCGAAAGAGGAAAUGAUGGUAGCUCUAUGAGUUGUUGUAAUAACUUAGUGAAACCAUAUAUAGACGGUGACGAAACAUUUUACGUAAAAGCUAAAUUAGGUUCGACCAUUUUCUUACCAUGCCAUGGUCACGGUUCCCCAACCCCAGACAAGAAAUGGACGAAGAAUAAAGCGACCACAGAAGUUUCGAGAGGAGCACAAACAAUAGACGGCCUCAUCAUACCUAACGCACAGAUAAGUGACAACGGGGUCUAUCAUUGUAAGAUUGAGAGUGGUCUAGGGAUGGCCGAAAAAUUGGUCACAGUUGAUAUUUAUGAUAACCGUUUACAUAUUGAACCAAUGCAGAAGUAUUACGAGGUUGCACGUGGUAAUACAGUCAGUGCUAUUUGCAAUGUUACAAGCGCCGACAGGUAUACUGUCCAGUACAAUAAGGUCGUUGGAGGCAUGCCUUCUAAUUCACAAGUUCUACAAAAUGGCGCCCUAGUUUUUCGACUUUCAUCGUCUGCUGGUUCAGGAGAAUACACAUGUGCAGCCACCUCAAGUACCGGAACACAUUCAGCCUCGUUUUUUGUUGUAGAGACAAUAACUUUGACAUGUUCCACUAAAUUCUCCGACUGUGGCGUAGAGGACAAAGCAAUGUGCAGCGGUGACUGUCCUGCAGGUUGUACAGAUCUGAAUCCUAACUAUCAUGCACAUAGAUUUUCAUUGAAUUUACCAGUAUGUAGAUCAGCAAUAAAUAGCGGCGAUAUAACAACAAAUGGCGGCCAUAUUGUUUGGAAAAAUGAACACGUGGGCGGUGGUGGUGAAGCAGCACAGUUUACUACGCUGAAAAUAUAACUACGUUCAAAAGAUAAUAAACUAUUCAUGUUGUCUAAACGUCGUGCUUGCAUACAACGAAUUGUAAUAGACAAAAUAUUAAAGUA